UAAAUGUAAAUAAAGAAGUAGUACUUCCUGUCCUGUGUGCAUCGUUCUGCUGAAUAAAAGCAACCGCAAAAUGGGUCUUCUCAGCAAUGAAAAGCAGAGGAAUAGACUGGUGAAGUUCUUGCAAAACCAUCAUGCUAAGCUGUCUGCUUUGAUGUACAUUGUGGGACUGGCCUGGUUUCUUGCUUUAGCCUACCAACCUUUCAAUGCUGGAACUUACUUUUCGGAAAACGCUUUGUUGCCAGGUCUGGUGGAAUCUGAGCUUCCACAUGUGUUGACCAAGGCAUUUAAUUUGAAAGAUGAAGUCAAAGCUGAGAUGAACAAAGAUCAAAAGGUUGCUCCUCAGAGUUGGAUAUUUGAAAAAUUUAGAGCUCUGGGUCUGGACACAUACCGUCAUAAUUUUUCCGUUAUUUAUCCUUUCAAAAGUAUAUCUAAAAAGGUUGUACAAGGGGAGAAUGUCUUCGCCAUUUUGCGAGCACGUCGGGCUGCUAGCACUGAGGCUCUCGUCUUGUCAGUUCCCUUGAGACCUCUUGCCAACAAAGCAAAACCACAGACAGGCGGGGGUAUUGCUCUAGCACUGGCUCUGGCCUCAGAGUUCAAGCAGAAAGCAUAUUGGUCCAAAGACGUGAUCUUUCUCUUCACGGACUAUGAUGAGGUCGGAACCACAGCAUGGUUGGAUGCCUACCAUGAGUCAAAAUCUGAAUACAUUGUAAGUGAACAUCUGGAGGGUCGCAGUGGUCCCAUCCAGGCAGCCAUCAACCUGGAGCUGCCACUGGAGAAGGUGAGCUACUACAACCUCAAGCUGGAGGGUCUCAAUGGUCAGCUGCCUAACCUGGAUCUGGUCAACCUGGUGGUCAAGCUGUGCCGCAAGGAGAGGGGCCAGGUCACCUUGCAUCACACCAUGGAACCAAAACUUCGUAGUUACUACGGUGAGGGAAAUGGCGAGUCUUUCCAGGAGUACAAGACUGCCCUUACUACCAUGAUGCGGAUGAUGUGGUACCAGGCUAGUGGUGCUCCCUCUGGAAACCACGGAUUGUUCCAUAGGUUCCACAUUGAGGCUUUAACUCUCGAGGGAGUGAAAGACAAGAAGAGUACAAGAAUUCAUGAUCUGACAGCCUCAGCGAGAAUCAUUGAAGGAGUGUUUAGAAGCUUGAACAACUUGAUGGAACGAUUUCAUCAGUCCUUCUUCUUCUACAUCCUUCCUUCAACCAACCGCUACGUAUCUAUCGGCAUGUACAUGCCACCAUUUGGUCUGAUGGCUGCAGCAGGACUCAUCACAGGCAUUGCGCUGUGGCUGAUCUCAGGUGAUGAAGCUGCUGCAAAUGCUGUGGAAAAAGAGAAAGAGGCUGACCCUGCUGGUACUAGUUUGGAUGGUAGUGAAAAAAGCAAAACAAAAGCUGAUGCUGACAAGUCGGAGCAGGAUGCAGAGGAGGAAGAUGAUGAGAUGGACCCCAUCUCCACCACAGGUAUUUUGACAGUGAUACCAGUGAUUUUGGUCUGCUUGCUGCUGGGCUGGCUGGCCUACCAGGGCCCCGAGCUGCUGACUCGCAUCAUGCCCAAGUUCCGCAUCCACACAGAGGACAUGGUGCUUUACAGCAUGCUGGCCAUCUACACGGCCGCACUCAUGUACCCAAAACUCAUGACCAGGAAAUCUGGUAACCCCAAUCGGCUCAUCGUGGACUGGCGUUUGCUCAAGUCAAUUGGUCUAAUCAGCCAAAGUUUGGCCUUAGCCAGCAUCUCUCUUACCAACAUCUCGCAAGCAUUUUUCCUCACAGCCUUCAUGGUUCCAGUCACCACUUUUGUCAGGCCUAGCUCAUACAGAUUCCUGCGUUGGGUGCAAAUGUUUGCCCUGGUCCUGGUCUCUCCUCUAAUGCUCAUGUUCCUAGUGGGCUUCAUCACUGUGUGGCCACAGCCGGACGUGUUCAGUCUGUUCCUGGAGGCUUUCAACUCUACCAAGGAGCUUAUCUUCCUCAGCGUCAUGGACAAUUAUCUCUUCAAUGCCUGGACUGAGUCCGUCAUCACCGCCAUUGUCUUUCCUAUUUGGCUUUUCUUUUGGGCCAUUCCCUGGGCGGAACCUUAGGAAAUGUGAAAGUUUGUCUCUUUGUCUGCGUCAUCAACAGUUACACCGGUGGAACCACGAGCCUGUCUCUAUUUCAUUACCAUCGUGCAGUUUGUGGUCCCUGGCAGUAACUUGUGCUUUGAGAAAUAAAGUACUUUGUCAGAGCUGUGAGCUGAAUUGACUUCUCAUACUAUGGGCUCACCGUUUGAAUAUUUUAUUUUUACAGCCAAAGUGUGUCACAAGCCUCACAUAUCCAUAGUUUCAACGUGCAUAAAAUAAGGACAUUUAUUGGUUCUUCUGUGGGUUUAAAAAAAAAAAUAGUUAUGAAAACAAAUACUUUUAUUGCUUUCUUCAGCAAAAGUUGAUCACCUAUCUUCCUCUUUAGAAUACUUUUUCAUUAUUUUGAUGCUUAGCUGAUUUUACUUCUGAGCUUUGAAAGCAGGAAACAUUAUUGAUCACAACGGACUUUUUAAACUUUUGUCACAGAGACUAGGACACGAAUUCAAUCUAAAACGUUAUAUAUUUUUCAGUAAAACUUCACCUCCACUUUUAUGUUUUCAUGCUUUUUCAAGCUACUGUUUCUAAGUUGAAGUUCUAAAUUCCUACCAAUAGGUACAUUUCCAUCUGAAGGGCAGUCGAUUAAUUGCUUAUGAUUUGUAACUGUUAUAGCUUUGCACUGCCUUAUACAUUGUUUUAUGUAAUAGAAAUGCAAAUAAGUGGAGUCUGCUCACUUAAACCAAACACAGUUAAUCCAAAAACAGCCUUAACCUUUAAAACCCUAUACCGCUGGUAACUGCUGGUCGACUUUAUCGUUUAAUUCCCAGUGCUAGAAACAGGGGAUGUAACUCCAGAUGACUCUGUUGCAAG